UUCGCUGAAAUUCUAGGUCAACAUUAAACUCUGAAGAAUUCAUGAAAUCUUUGGUUUUAAUGACGUUUCCUGUACGCGGGCGUUUACAUCUCCGCCCGGUUGCGUGGCUGUUUUUUUUAUUUGCUUCUGCACACUUUCCCUUUGAUGUCGGAUCUCCAGCAGCCUGCUUCCCUCCCUCCUCUUCUGCAACCACACACGCGGCUCCUUUACCUCCCCUUCGCCGAACUCCCGUGGCCGGCGAUGGUGGAUCGUUUGCUCGCGCCGUCGCCGGAAAGCCCCCGGCUGUGAUGCGAAUUCACCCCGAACCUGCCUGUCACUUUUGACGGACCAAUGGAGCGGGACGUCGAGAGCCCCGUGGUCACUCGGCAGCCGAAGCUGCCGAAGCAAGUGCGCGAGGACAUCCCAAAACAGCUACGCUCAGGUGGUCAAGCGCGGAGCGUCCAAAGAUACGUGCGGAAGGACGGCAAGUGCAACGUGCACCACGGCAACGUCCGGGAGCGGUACCGUUACCUGACUGAUAUCUUCACUACAUUAGUGGAUCUGAAAUGGAGACUCAAUCUACUCAUCUUUGUCAUGGUCUACACAACCACUUGGCUUUUCUUUGGUAUGAUCUGGUGGCUUAUUGCUUACAUCCGAGGGGACCUAAGCCACAUAGGGGAUGCCUCAUGGGUGCCCUGUGUUAAUAAUCUUAACGGCUUUGUCUCAGCCUUUCUCUUCUCCAUUGAGACGGAAACCACCAUUGGCUAUGGCUACAGAUUCAUCACUGACAAGUGCCCUGAAGGCAUCAUUCUGCUCCUAGUACAGUCAGUGCUGGGCUCAAUAGUCAACGCCUUCAUGGUUGGGUGCAUGUUUGUAAAAAUCUCGCAGCCCAACAAGAGAGCAGAAACUCUGGUGUUCUCCACCAACGCUGUGAUCAGUGUCCGUGACGGCAAGCUGUGUCUGAUGUUCCGAGUCGGCGACUUGAGGAACUCCCACAUUGUUGAGGCUUCAAUCCGUGCCAAACUGAUCAAAUCGAAGCAGACCAAGGAAGGAGAGUUCAUCCCUCUCAAUCAAACGGAUAUAAAUGUUGGCUACGACACCGGAGAUGACCGCCUCUUCUUAGUUUCCCCUCUAAUCAUUUCCCAUGAAAUCAACCAACAGAGUCCUUUCUGGGAGAUCUCCAAAGCCCAGUUGGCCAAAGAGGAGAUGGAGAUUGUGGUGAUCCUCGAAGGAAUGGUGGAGGCAACAGGUAUGACGUGUCAAGCUCGAAGUUCAUAUGUUACCAGUGAGAUUCUGUGGGGUUAUCGCUUCAUGCCUGUCCUGUCACUGGAAGAGGGGUUCUACGAAGUUGAUUAUAACAACUUCCAUGAAACUUAUGAGACAAAGACUCCAGCCUGCAGUGCCAAAGAAAUGGCGGAGAUUAUCAACAAAGCAGAACUGCCCCUCACCUGGUCAAUCUCCUCCAAACUUAAUGAGGAGGAGGAAGAGGAGGAAGAGAACGAGGAGCGAGAGCAAGCUGACAGCAAGAGCCAUGAGGAGCAAGCAGAGCAGAAUGGGGAGGUUACAAAUCUAGAGAACGAAUCCAAAGUGUGAGGCAGAUGGGAAUAUCACAUUGUAUGUGCUUAAUGAAUGGUAUUAAGGUGUGAAGUUUCCACACUGAUGAAAUUAGAUGCUUGAACAAAAAAAAAACUUGAGUUAGGAACUAUGGAAAGGUGCAGAGAUCAAGCUGAAUAAAUAGGACAUGGCGUGGUUUACAAUAGGAUUUUUACUUUAGUAAGAUAGACACAAAAUCUGUGUUCAAUAUAGAGAGCUGCAAAAAGCAUAUCAGCUGCGUUAUAGAGCACAUACACGUGUUCAGAAGCUAAUUAGAAAACAGGGCAUGAAGAUCCUCUUUGGUGCCUCAUGCUCGAUGCAUGUAAACUUGUCAUGGCGACGCAGUUACAUUGAUUGCAAUGGACUGAAUGUGUUGAGGCAACUAUAGCCAGCCACGAAUAUUCUCACAUGCAUUCAGCAUCAGUGACCAAAAGCAGAUCUCCCCUCACUUGCACUUUUGUGCAGGUAUUGCAGACGGUCGGUCAGCUUUUUAAAAAAAACCCAGCUUUCCAAAUCUUAAACACCUAUUUCUAAACUUCUGCUGUAGAGGUGAAUGUAGACUAAUGAUUCCUUUCUAAGUUAUUAAAAGAAAUUAAAUGGACAAACUCUUCAGUAAUUCACAUUACUGGAUUCAAACAAGAUCUCAGCAAGGAUGCUGGGUGGUGAAAAGGUAUCGUAUGUUGAAAUGAGCUCCACUGUCUCAAGAGUUAUUACUGAAUGUUAUUUGCAAGUUGCUUUCCUCUUUAAAACAUGUUACUCUUCAUAAUUCCAAUGUGACUUUCUUUGAAAAGAGGCAUCCAUUCAAAGAAUAUUGCAUUAAUCAGCAGCUUUCAACUUUAACAUGAGUUUGCAUUGCCAUAGUCCUCACAAAUUGUACGGGCUUGCCCAUAUUUCCCAUCAAGUCUUCCCUGUAAUGGAAGAAUCAUUGUCCCAAGGCCUGCCUUGGGGAUCAGUCAGUUGUGUAGAUAACACACAGCAGCGAGAUGUGUAACAGAACAUAAAAUGAACACUAGAAAUGAGAAGCAAUGUUCGGAGUAAACCAACCUUGUGCAUCACAAGAAAUCCUUUAAUCGAACUGGUGAGCUGGCUGCAGGAUUUUCUUUUUUACUUAGCCUGUCCUUGUCAGAUGGACAGAGAUCGCCUGUGUAUUUCUAGUAUUUUAUUUGUUUUUCUUCUGGAUUUCAAAACUAGAGAGUAUUCUUCUAGACAGUUCAUGGAUAAUGAUGUACAUAUACAACACACAUUCGUGUGAAAUUUUUGAAAAUGUAGAUAAUUUGUACAGAAAUCGAGCACCUUAAACUGCAUUGAAUCAGUGCUGAGUCAAGCCAUUUGGCCCAACAAUCCAUGCUGGUUUUCAUGCUCCAUUCAAAUCUCCGCUUGCCCUUAUCUAAUUCGAUCAGCAAUCUUACUCCUUUCAAACAGGGCAAUCCCAUCAUCCUAAGUUCCAAUGAAACGCUGUGCAAACGCUGGGUAUAUUGUAUGGAAAACAACAAUGCACACAGAACUCCAAGUGAGUUCUCUCCAAAGCCUUGUGCUUUUUCAUUGCAACUUCCUUACAUCCGUAUGCCUGAAUUGGUCUUUCUGAAUAGUUGCUGUAACUGAAUUACAAGAAGCAACACACCAAGCUCUUUUUUAAAAGUUACAAGUUUCCCCACCAUUUGAAAGAUGAUGGGGAAACUUAUAUUUUCUAUUUUCCUAUUCUUCCAACUUGUGGAUAACCUCACAAUUUCUCUCCCUUUUUUCCUACAUUUCACAAUGUCAAUCACCCUGCUUGAUCUGCCUUUUCUCUUUGCAGCACACUUUCCUCUUGGGCUUAGAUCACUAAAUUUCUAAUUGUCUUUUGAAGUAAGCCAUUAAGGCAAAUCAUAAAAUAACCAAGGGUGUGGGACUGAUCUCUGUGAUGCCCCACUAGUAACACAGCCAAUCUGAAACAGAAAUACUUAGUCCUACGCUGUUUUUUUGUUCUUUAACCAAACCUUUAUCCAUGCUGAUAUGUGACUCCAUUCUUCGAGACCUUAUUUUAUAGACCUACUGUGUCAUACGCUGCAGAUGGACAAAACCUUGGUAAGACCACAGUUGGAGUAUUGUAUAUAGUUUGCUUGCUCUGUUAUAGGAAAAUUACCAUUAAUCUAGAAAGAGAGCAAAUAAUAUUUAAGUGUAUUUGGCAGGACCUGAAUCACUGCAAGAGAAUGGGCAGGCUAGGACUGUAGAAUGUAGAUGACUAAGAGGUGACCUUAUAGAGAUGUAUAAAAUCAUAAGGGGCUUAUUUAAGGUGAAUGCAGUCUGUUUCCAAGGGAAAUGGAAUUAAAGUUGAAGGGACAUAGGUUUAAGGUGAGAGGAGGAAAUAUUUAAAAGCUACCUGAAGGACAACUUCUUCAUGCAGUGGCUGGUGCUGAUACAGAAUAAGCCGUUAUAUAAAGUGAUUGAGACAGGUAUAAUAACAAAAAUUUAAAGACAUUGGACAGAUACAUAGAUAAGAAAGGUUUAAAGAAAUAUGGGUCAAACACAGGCAGAUGGGUGUCUUGGAUAGCAUUGAUGAAUUAGGCCGUGCUCUGUUACUCUAUGACUAUAAAUAUCUUCUUUUUAAACACAGAUAUACUACUUCCACUAAUUCCAUCUUAUUAUCCUUCCACACAAAUUUUCGGUUCUAUUUUGUCAAAUACAAUUUUCCCUUCAUAAAACCAAAUUGACUCUGCUUAACCUUAUUAUAAUCUCCCUGUUAUUUCAUAUUUAAUGGCAUUAUUUCUAAUUUCAUUUGUCAUGUCACAUUACCCAGUAAAUGGAAAAUAUUGAGGCAGAAAGUUGUUUAAUAUUUUGAUCUCUUUUGGUAUCAUUGCCUGUGGUUUAUCUUGUCCAUUUCCAAAGGUCCGAUUCCUACCCCAAUUUCCCAGCGUGUAGGCAAAAGCCAUUACUUUUAACAAGCAUUGCCUCCUAAAUUGCCAUUUCUGGUGUUUUAUUAAAAAUUAUUCACCCUUUUCACACUCCCCAGCAAUUAAUUCUUUAUCAUCAGACUUCUUGCAUAUGGAUGAGAAAAUCCUGUAAACUUCAUUCCUAAUUUGUUUACUCUGAUACGAUUAAAGUAGCUAAAUUAUUGUCAAUUAUUAUUCCAUAUUUCUUGCUCACUUCCCUAAUUUGUUUGCAUAUUUUUUUCACCGUUCCCCUUCUAUUAUCUUGCCUAUAUUACAGUUAAUCCUUUAUUACCUAUUAUCUGUUGUCAAAUAAUUCUAUUCCUGCCUUGUUGACUGCUGGCCAUACAUUAUCUUUAACACUCACUAUUACUCCACCUCCCCUUUUCUUCCCACUCUGUUAUUGCUAAAUAUGUUAUAUUCUGGAACACUUAAUCCUGUCUCCGUUUUUCUUGUCGUGUAUUAUUGCCUCCGUUACUGUUCUAUUUCAAUGAGUUCAUCACUGCAUGGGCAAUUUAACUCUCUGCUAUUAGCCAUUGUUCCCACAUUAUUUUUAACCACUAUUUCACACUGUUGUUCUAUAAUUAUAUCUGCCCUGGCUAUUAAUGUCCUCCCUUUAGUCUAUAAAUUUAUUUAUUUAUACAACCUGUUCGAAAGAGAUGAGGAAGAAUUUAUUUAGCCAGAGGGUGGUGAACGUGUGUAAUUCUCUGCCGCGGACGCCAUAGAGACCAAGUCAGUUGAGUAUAUUUAAAGCAGAUGUUGCUAAGUUUUGAUUAGUCAGGGCAUCAAAGCUUACAGGGAGAAUGGGGCUAAGAGAGAUAAUAAAUCAGCCAUGAUGGAAUGGCUGAACAGACUCAAUGGGCCAAGUGGCCUGAUUCUCCUCCUAUGCCUAAUGCUGCUUUCCCCCUCUUAGUUCAUUUACAUGUGUAGGAGCAUCAGUCUUUUUUUUUGGUAUGUUGUGACAUCAGCUUACAGGAGGAAAAGGGUUGUGUUAUGGAAAUUUAGGGCAGGAAGUUAGUAUGUGUGAUCUGCUCCAUUUACAUUGAAGGACGGGCCUGGAAAUGCACCAGUGCCCACUGGGAUACAUUUAGCCAUCACUACAUGCGCACUUACAGUCACUUGGCUGUGUUCCUACCAUCGUAAAAAUUCAGUAGCAUCUGAAAGCCAAAGUGCUAGGGGCCACUGACUGUCCCGGACAGAUGUUCCUCACUUGCUGAAGACUUGCAUGUGUAGUAAUGCAGUCACUGAAGUCAAGUAUGAUGUUCUCCUAAGUCAGGGGUUCCAACCUAGGAUCCAUGGACCCCUUGCUUAAUGUUUUUGGUCCAUGGCAUAAAGGUUGGUUGGUUAACCCCCCCCCCCCCCACCCAUCCUAAGGGGGUUGUCUAUUGAUGGCUCCUCUGGUGGCUAUAGAAGCCAAUCCAACACCACAUAUUCUUGUGCAGUGUGGGCCAGACCUCACAAUCCUGCCUCCUUAUCCACUUGCUGAUUGCCACAGGGUUUAAUCCAGGCUGUUAGAGUGAAGAAUGCCUGCCUGUGACUUUGUUUAACGGGGCGACUGAUGCACAGGCAGCAACUAUCCUUGACAGAUCGGGGUCUGGGUCCAGUGGCAAGGAAUGCAAGACAACUAGGGACUCUUCACUGCUGAAGCCUUCCCCCACCUUCAGAGCUGCUAAGAUUUGUCAUCAUCCUUUGCCAGCUCAGCCGCUGAGGUCUUGGUUGGAUUGCUCCUUGUCUGCGCCUCUCCCUUGACCUUACCACCAUGGGUGAUCCUACCAGGAGCUAAAUGACAGACAGCAUGGCUAUCGGAAUCUCAAGAACUCACGAGCCCCUCCACCACCACAAGGUGAUGAUCCUCAAGGAGUUGCACAACAUAUGCCAGCAAGAAGGUGGAUGCCCCUGGUGUUGAUGGGUCAGACCAUUGAAAAGGGUUUUGGCCCAGAAUGUUGGGAGGGGAGGAGU